GAAAAUAACAUUACCUCGCUUGACGGGAAACAAUAAUCCUUGGGCCGUUGAGCGAGUGAUGGAAUAAAAAAAAAAAAAAUAGUAGAGAAGUCAUCUCAUCAGUCAUAAUGUAGGGCCCCCAGGUCUCUCUUAUGAAGCGGCCCCUCCUGAGAGUUUUUUGUCUUCAGUCUUCGCCUCUCUGCUGCACGUGAGUCUCUCUCUCUCUCUCUCUCUCUCUCUGUGCUUUCAAACUCACCCUCCCUCUCCCAUUGCCUACAUCUUUCACGAUUCAGAUCUCUUAGCUCAUUCAUGAUUCCUCCCACCUCUACUCACUCUCCUCCAUGCCUCCUCCUUCACUCUCUCCCUUCUUCGCUCUCUGCCUCCUCCUCUCCUUCCUCUCCCAUCUAGCUUCUCCUCACCCUUGCUCUUCCCACCCCCACACUUCCUCUCCCUGCCCUCCUUUCCGUUCAAUCCCUCCUUUUCCUUUCUCUUUCUCACUUGGCUGUGGCCACCCUUCCUUCCAAAUCAACUGCUCUACUCCUCAUUCCCUCAUCUCCAUCAACAACUUCACUUUCUCCGUUCUUCGCUAUAACCCCAAUUCCUCUUCUCUCACCCUCUUGCCUAAUCUCCAACCUACAAGCUCCGCCGCCCCCGCCUACACAAAUUGCUCCACUCCUCACUAUCUUUCCCUUCUCAAUCGCUCUCUUGAUCUCUCUGGCUCGCCUUUCAGAAUCUCCGAUGCUUUCUGUUCCCGCAUCUCUAAUCUCCAAGCUUGCUCGCCUCCCCCUCUCCCAAACUGUAGCCACUGUCCUUGGGAAUGUAGUCUCAUCAAGAACCCGGCUCACGUCCUCCGUGACUGUGGAUCUGUCCAUCAUUCCGUUUCAGACUUGGAGAAUCGCUGCCAGAGUGACGUUUUAGGGUAUCUUGACGACAUACUUGCUCGAGGGAUCGACGUCGAGUGGGAUGAAGCUCAAGAUCCUUACUUUUCAAGCUGCAGAAACUGCAGCGCCACCAAGGGAGUUUGUGGAUUCAAUUCAUCCGACCCGCAUGACCAUUUUAUGUGCAUUCGGCCCGAAUCCGAAUCUAGUUUCACGCCUGCUUGGAUUCAGAGGGUGAAUCCCAAGCGUAACGCAGUUUUGUCCCUUGUAAUCCCCUUAAUGUUGUUGUUUCUUUUUGUUUCUAUCGCUGUUGCAAUUUUCCGCUCGAGGAGAUUCAAGUCAUCGAGGACAGAGGAGGACCCGACAAUCCUUUUUCUUCACAACCAGCGCUCCGCGAGUCUUCUUCCUCCUGUCUUCACCUACGAGGAAUUGGAGGCGGCCACUAAUCGGUUCGACCCGAAACGCAAAAUUGGCGAUGGCGGGUUCGGGUCGGUGUUCCUGGGUCAACUCUACGAUGGCAGAAUCGUCGCCGUGAAAUACCUUCACAAGCACCACGCUGAGGCCGCCGCGGGACGAGCCUUUUCCACCAAGUCUUUCUGCAACGAAAUUUUGAUUCUUUCUUCCAUCGACCACCCGAAUCUAGUCAAGCUUCAUGGGUAUUGCAGUGACCCGAGAGGAUUGCUUCUGGUCUACGACUACGUCACCAACGGAACUCUCGCAGAUCAUCUUCAUGGCCCCAAGAUUUCAUUCCGAAAAGGGUCUCUGACGUGGCAAGUGAGGAUCGAUAUUGCUCUACAAACGGCAUUAGCCAUGGAGUAUCUUCACUGCUCUGUUGUGCCGCCCAUAGUUCAUAGAGACAUCACUUCGUCCAACAUCUUCGUAGAGAAAGACAUGAGGAUUAAAGUUGGAGACUUUGGACUGUCUAGGUUGUUGGUUGUGCAGGAUACGUCAUCGUCGUCAACUGGGUUUGUCUGGACGGGGCCCCAAGGUACACCCGGUUACCUGGAUCCGGAUUACCACCGGUCGUUUCGGUUAACGGAGAAGAGCGACGUAUAUAGCUUCGGAGUGGUGCUGUUGGAGCUGAUUUCCGGGUUAAAGCCAGUGGACCAGAGCAGGGACAAGCGGGAAAUCGCGUUGGCCGAUCUGGUGGUCUCGAGAAUCCAUAUGGGUCAACUGGAUCAAGUAGUGGAUCCGUUUCUGGCGAAGGACGAGGAAGCGAUGGACACCGUCACGGCGGUGGCGGAGCUGGCAUUCCGUUGUGUGGCGGCGGACAAGGACGACCGUCCUGAUUCGAAAGAAGUGGUGGAGGAGCUGAAGCGGGUACGGAUCCGGUCACGGGCGGGGCUCAGAUCGACGUCGAAUUCCCACGCAGGUGCUGAGGUGGCAAAGAACUAUGAAGUGAAGGGCUCUGGAUUGUGAGAUGGAUGGGCCAAAAUAGUGAAAUGCACUGUGGAGUUUGACCAUCUCAGUUCGCCUUUGUCGACUAGUCAAAUGGGCACCACGAGGACGAUAAUUCCACGUUGGACUUACUCGCACGGGGGUUUUGUUUCGUUGGAGGAACGUGUCAGUGACGCCUCCGUACGAGUUUUAAAUUUGCACCAGAGCCUUCUGCAAACUACUUCUGCUGAUGUCAUCUCAGAAUAUUUGAGUAAAAUAUCAAGCACAUUUCUUGUCA